GAGCUAAAGAGGCUACUUGGGGAACUGGAGGAAGCAGACAUAAAAUUGGCUAGGAAAGAGCUCGAGAUUGAAACUUAAAGUGCAAGUUGGCGAUUCUUGAGUCAGGCGGCUUCUGGUGGCACGGACCUCAUGCGGAUUCGGAGAGUGAUACUGAGUCCAUGUGUUCCACUGACAGCCUAGACGACGGCUUUUCAUCCGGGACCAACAAACUAGACAACGUCAUAAGUACCAGGAGUAUUGCAGUAGGUACAGAGGCCAACGAGACAGACAGCGUCGAACAUCAAACCAUGAUCAAAUGUCAAUCUGAACUGGAAGCUGCAAACAUAACGCUGGCAAGUCUCGAGCUCGAAGUUGAGGACCUGAAGUGCAAAUUGGCGAUUCUUGAGUCAGGCGGCUUCUGGUGGCCCUCACCUGCGCAUGCAGAAUCGGAGAGUGAUGCCGAGUCCAUCUCUACGUACCUCUCAGACAGUCUAGACGACGCCUUUCGAUCUGGGACCGACAAACUAGACAACGUCAGAAGUACCAGGAGUAUUGCAGUAGGUACAGAGGCCAACGAGACGGACUACGUCACACGUCAAACCAUAAGUAGCUCAACACAAACAUGUAACCUCACAUGCCAAACAUGUUCAACACAAACAUCUACGGUCAAAACAAUCAGCAGCAGUACCCAAACAUGUAACGUCACAUGUAAAACCACCACCAGCAGUACCCAAACAUGUAACCUCACAUGUAAAACCACCACCAGCAGUACCCAAACUGACCUCGACCCCAAACGUCUUCGACAAGUACUCAGUGUCAUUAUGUCCCCAACAUCACAUGAUGAAACAGGAGAGAGAGUAGCACUAGAGCUGUUUGGUCCAGAUGAGCCCCGCCUUUCAUCAGGUCGGACCUUGCUCCCACCUAAUGCAGAGCCCUUACACGUCCCCCGAGCUGGACCAGACAGAUCACAUAAGCUGGCCACACAUGUUCCGGCCGGGCAAUUCGUAUACAUGGACUCAUUUAAGGUCAUGGGUGGAAGGACCACCUUCACAGUGAUCUCUGACCGCGAGAUUGCUGUGGUUCAGUACCCGCCUUGA